AAUCUAAAUUCUCCUUAGCUCAAACAAUAGAGCAAAGUUGAUUUGUUAUCUGAAACCUUACUGACUGUCAAAAAUCAAACAAUCGAAAGGCAUGAUUGAACGGUUCGAAAGCAAAGAUGGUGGAUAUGCCGUAUAUAAUGAAAAAAAUUAGCAAUGUUUAGAAUCAGUUGCAUGUAUAAAUGUUUACAUAUUUAAAUUUGUCAUGGAUACCGCCCAAAAUCCUCAUACGCCAAGUGUAACACAACUCUUCGAGUCUUACAAAAAACGGCACAAUGAAGCAACAGCGAGGUAUAUAAAUAAUCAUCCAGCACAAAUGAGUAGAGAGCAUAAUACGAAGGAAAUGAUUCUUGAUCGUGCGAGAGCUCAACCUAGUAAACAAAAGAAUAUCACUAAACAGUAUGAAGUUUUGCGACAAAUGGCGAAUGCAAGUGGUGAUCAUUCAAAUAAUGUUACUAAAUUAAAUGGUGCCUUCAAUAACAACGAAGUAUUGCAGCAGGCAGCGACGAAACGUUCUUAUACCGAUUUUAAUAACUCAGGAGGAAGCGAUGAUCCCUUGAAGAAAAUCUCUCGAAUGCCAGAUGUAAAUAAGUCGCAGUAUAAAAUCCCUUCGUAUGAUGUUAACCAGUCUAUACAGCCGAAUGUUUAUCCGUUCCAACAAUCUUCAACGAAUUCAUUAACUGUUGCUACAAGUGCUUUGUCUACUUCGAAUGUAGUUAACCCGGCAAUGAGUGUGAGCGAUAAUCUUAUUGGAAACUUGUCAAACAAUAGCAGUGGUAUUUCCGAUUUAAAUGAUGUACUAAAUGACAAUAUGAAUAAAAUGGCGAAGUCACCGAAUAUCAACCAAGUGAAAGCUGAAGUAUCAAUGGCCAGUUCUUGUAGUGGAGGUGUUUCGGGCAGUACUAGCUUAGUAAAUAACACCCAAGCGGAGACUGGUAACUACAACCAGUAUAAUCAUUCGAAUACGUUACCAGAUUUAGCUGACCUUGCAAAUAUCGACAAGUUUUCGUUGUAUGGCGAGGUUGCUGGAAGUAACAAGAACAAAAAUAACAACAACAAUAAUAAUAAAAACGUUAAUAACAGCGCUAAUGAUAAUUUUGUGAAAUCAGAAAAUCAAGUUUUGAAUGGAGAAAUGAAUCUGAAUAACAUCAAUGUGUCGGUUAAUAACUCAUCGCAAAACGCACAAGAGAAAUGGGCGUUUUCAGAACAAAACACAAGUCAGCAACAGAAUGCAUCUGUUUCUCAGACAUUAAAUCCCUUAGCCAGCUUAAACAGGAUCGCGUCUGGACAACAAAUGACUGACCAGAUGCAAAACAAUGGACAAACUCAACUCAAUCAGAACAGACCAGUGAACCUGAAUACGAUGAUCAGCACAGCGUUAAGUCAACAACAGAUGAAAAAUCUGACAAACGUCAAGAAUGGACAACCUGUCAGCAACAAUCCUGUAGGAUCUCCGCGCAGCAUGAUGCAGUCUCCUAAAAAUUCGUUGCAGUCACCUAUGAACAAUUUGAAUUCAUCCCUUAACAACUCAUUAUCGCGUUCUAUGCCUACUUCGAAUGUGCCUAUCCAGGCUGGGAUGCCUCCUAACCUGCCUAGGUUACCAGCCAUGCCAAAUGCGCGUCAGUAUUUAGCCGAGCACAUUAAUAAAACACAUCAACAAGGUUCGUUACCCAAUGUACAGAAUGUACCCAACAUGAACAAUCUAUAUAACGGUGGCCCAACCACAGCCACGGAAAAGUUGCAGGAGCAUAUUAUUAACAAAAAAAGAGAACAAGCUCGCUUGCAAAUGCAUCAGAUGACAAACAAACAAUAUAUGCCACAGCAUAUGUUGUCACCCAUCCAAAACACGAUGAAUAAUAUGAAUCCGUUUCAAUUUCCUGCAGAAUAUCAGCCAUAUAAUCCUCAACAGAAAACUUACGAACAGAUGGCGAUGCCACAACAACCACAGCCGAAUUCUCCAAUGGGAUACUACUCCAAUCCGUACCAGAUGGACCAAGUGGCAGGUGGUCAACUGUUUCCCAACACUGCGCCGCCAGUCUAUACUCCACAAAGUCGAGCUGGUAUUAUGAGAAAUUUUAUGCGUGGAAGACACCAGUUGAAUGACAUUUACCCCAACAUGGCUAAUGUUAGGACAGGAUUGGAACAGCAGCCAAUGUUUAACCCCACUAAUAAAGCUCCUCCGCAGUACCCGAAUCAAGGUUUGAACCCCAACUUAGAACAACAACAACAACAACAACAACAAAUGUUAAUGAACAACAGCAUGCAGACUGCGUCACGACUUUCGCAUUUCUCACAACCAGACACUAAUAUGAACCUGUCCAAUCCAACCAGUAUGAAUCCUUCGCAAAUGCGCAUGCGCAAUCAGAUUAAUAGGUAUCCACCCCCAUCUCUUUCUCGUACGAUGGGUAUCACCGCUGAUAAUAUGGAUAGUUCACAAUUUGGUAACUACGGUAUGCCACAACAACGUAACCCAGCUAUGUUGGGGAUGAAUCAUAAUGGAUUCAAUGGAACUUACACCAACGAGCAGUUUUUUAUGUUGCAGAAAAGAGCGGCCCAUCGACAAGCUCUGUUGCAACGUCAACAACAACAGAAUAUGAUGCAGAACCAGAAUUUUUCCACGAACAUGAACAUGAGCAAUCCAGCGAAUCUUUUACGAGAUAAUUCCAGGUUAGAUACCGCCAUGUCAAUGAAUAGCAGUUUUAAUGCUUCUGGCGAUGGUAAGAGUAAUAAUCCUGUUUAUCGCCAGCAAAUGCACGCGCAACAACAACAACAACAACUGGCUCAUCAUCAACAACAACAACAAACACUAAAUAAUUCGAUGAAUAUGACGAACAGCGACCAAUCAAGUAAUAUAAAGUUAGAUUCAAACAAAAACUUGUUGUCGAACAACGUAAAUAACAACCCGCCCAACCAACAGGUACUUUCUCCGAAACAAACUUUGAAUCUGACAAAUCUUCCAAACGAAACUACUGAAGUUGAAACUGACUUAGACAACAUAUUAAACGACCCUCCUGAUGGCUUUGAUCUGGUCACAAUGUUUAGUUAGUAUAUUUUCUUUUCUGAUAUAAUUUAUUCUAUUUCAACCAAAGGUAAUUUUUUUGCAGUGUACGUCUUAAUUUAUGCAUAAACACGAUUUUCCUUUCUGCUUUUAAAAAUGUAUUGCUUCACAAAUUUUAAGGCAAACUUUUCGACCAUGUACGAAUCUCUUGUCUUUUUCACUGUCAACGAAAGCAUUAGAACGGUAUUUUUGUAAGGGUAUGGAGUCUAUUCAACACCUUCAACUUUGCGUAGCAACCUGUACUUUGCUUAUCCAGAAUAAAAAGUCAAAGUUUUCCAACGUUAAGGAUGUAUAUUUCUCAGUUACUAUUAUUUAAUGUUAAUUUUAUAUAUCGUACCUAAUUUUGGUAGAGUAAAUAUAACAUCCAAGUACCACCUGUGAAAUGGUCACAUUUCUUUUCUGAAUCAUUUUACUAUAACCUUUUCUCAAUUCUGGAUGCAAGUGCGCUAUCCAUAACAGAGAAUAUUUCUUCCUGUCUUCCUGAUUUCUUCCCGAAAUGCUUCUUGAAUUUUCUAAUUUGAUUACAAAGUUUUGGUUGAAUAAAUGUGGUCCUGAUAUUCUGGUUCGUUUAUUUUUACGAUCAAGUCGACUUAUGGUUUACUUUUGAAACGAAAGUCUAUAAUUUGCACUGAGUUGCAGUGCUUUCGUGAUUUUUACGUACGACGUAAUACAAAUUUGUACAUAUUACUAAGAAAAAUAAUGUUUUUACUAUAAUCAGUGAAGAAGGCAUGUUUGAUA